UUGGCAGGAAAGUUGAAAGUUCAAAGCUUGUAUCUUUGACCAUCUCAGUGUUUAAUUACUUGGCAAAUAGAAAUCGCAUUUGCAUUUGCCAAGGAUCAAUCCCAUAUUGUCCCUUCAUUCCUCUGAAUCUCUUUACAAAUCUACCUUUCCCUCUUUAUCAUAACCAUCUUCUUCUUCUUCUUCUCUACUUUUUCAAAUCUUUCGAAUUUUAUUCAAUGGAUCUUUCAAUUUCUUCUUCUUGGCUUUCUGUCUCUCCGCCCCCAUUUCUAUUCAACUCUAAUAAUAACUUCAUUCUCAAUCCGCUAUUUCGCAACUCCAAUUUCGAUUACAGAAACUUCCAAAUUAAGCCGUUGGUUUCGCGCCAAAAUCGUCCUAUCAGAUGUCAGGUUUUCGAUCAUACGGCCAGUACUGACGGUUUUGUUCUCGAUGAUGUUCCGCACUUGACUAAUUUUCUUCCCGACCUACCGUCAUACCCUAAUCCACUGCAAAAGAGCCAAGCAUAUGCUGUUGUCAAGAAAACGUUUGUUAGCCCUGAAGAUGUGGUUACCCAAAGAAUAGUUAUACAGAAAGAUAGUCCUAGAGGAGCACAUUUUCGGCGUGCUGGACCACGAGAGAAAGUAUAUUUCAAGCCAGAAGACGUGUGUGCUUGCAUUGUGACUUGUGGGGGUUUAUGCCCAGGGAUUAAUACAGUCAUUCGGGAGAUAGUAUGUGGCUUGAAUUACAUGUAUGGGGUUGAUAAUAUACUUGGCAUUGAGGGUGGAUACAGAGGCUUUUACUCUAAAAAUACCAUGACAUUGAAUCCUAAAGUUGUGAAUGAUAUCCAUAAACGUGGUGGCACUUUUCUUCGUACUUCACGAGGAGGUCAUGAUACCCACAAGAUUGUUGACAAUAUAGAAGACAGAGGAAUAAAUCAGGUGUAUAUAAUUGGCGGUGAUGGUACACAGAAAGGAGCAGCUCUUAUUUACAAGGAAGUUGAGAAACGUGGUCUUCAAGUGGCAGUUGCUGGCAUCCCUAAGACAAUUGAUAAUGAUAUUGCUGUGAUAGACAAAUCUUUUGGUUUUGAUACUGCUGUUGAAGAAGCUCAGAGGGCCAUUAAUGCUGCACAUGUAGAGGUCGAAAGUGUUGAAAAUGGAGUUGGAAUUGUCAAACUUAUGGGUAGAUACAGUGGUUUCAUUGCUAUGUAUGCAACUUUGGCAAGUCGAGAUGUGGAUUGUUGCUUGAUUCCAGAAUCUCCAUUCUAUCUAGAAGGCCAGGGUGGACUUUUUGAAUUUAUUGAACAGCGGCUUAAAGAAAACGGGCAUAUGGUAAUUGUGGUGGCAGAAGGAACAGGACAAGAUUAUGUUUCCCAAAGCACACCUGCAGUUGAUGAGAAAGAUGCAUCAGGAAACAGAUUACUCCUUGACAUUGGUCACUGGUUGACUCAAAAGAUUAAGGAUCACUUCACUAAUAUUCAGAAGAUGACAAUAAAUAUGAAAUACAUAGAUCCAACAUACAUGAUACGAGCUAUUCCGAGUAAUGCAUCAGACAACAUCUACUGCACGCUUCUUGCCCAAAGUGCUGUUCAUGGGGCCAUGGCUGGGUUUACAGGCUUCACAGUUGGACCUGUAAACAACAGACAUGCUUAUAUUCCAAUCUCUCAUGUUACUGAGACACAAAAGACAGUUAAGUUGACUGAUAGGAUGUGGGCUAGGCUUCUUGCAUCAACGAAUCAACCUAUUUUCUUGCAUAGCAGUGAUAAGUCGCAAGAUAGUGUUGAUAAUGAGGCUAAUGAAACAAUCGACAAUAUGAAGAUUACUUCUAUUUAGAUUUCACUUGAGUUCAGAUCCAAACAGUUUACUGCAAUUUAGUUCAUCAACAAUGUGAAGAUUAUUUCUAUAUGGAUUUCAUUUGAGUUCAUAUCCAAGCAGGUCAGUAAAAUUUUUUAUUGCCAUUAUCGCA